AGGGCAGCUGUAACACAGACAGUACCGGCAAGUUUGGCCCCCAGUGUGAGUACACGUGCCACUGCAGAGACCAGCAGGCGUGGCGAUGCGGAGAGGACGGCACAUGUUCCAACAACCAAUGUCAGGACGGAUAUUUCGGGACAAGAUGUCAAUACCGGAACAUCGCCGCAGGUCCCACCAACCCCAGGUUUAUAGAUUUCAAUACGGAUACAUGCAACAUGAACGGGAUAUCUGAAGUGUCUGUCUGCGGUGAAACGACACCUUUCAACUUCACCUGGCUCAGAGUGUCCGGAGACUGGGACACUCUCCAGAGUCUGACAAUGGAAUGGGAGGACACAGACGGUUCAGUCGUUCCCUGCACUAACUUAGUCAAGAGGAGAGUCAAGUAUGGGUACAGCAGGUUUAACACCAUUGACUUUGACUGUCCGGAAAUCUCCAAACCCAUCAACAGGAUCAUUUUGAAAGGAACCAUUGAACAAAUUAAAUUUUGUUCUUCAUACAUGAGUGACACUGCACAAAAACGGUCAUUGGAAAAGCAGACUGAGAUGACCUGGGGGCGUUAUAAGAGAAACUGCCCCGCUGGAUGGUACGGGCCCAAGUGUCAAUACAAGUGUCGAUGUUCCAUGGAGUUUGAAUGUCAGGAUGACGGGACGUGCUUGUCCAGCUGCCAGAAAGGAUGGUUUGGUCCAGCCUGUCAGUACAGUGACCUAGCGUAUAAAGCAACUGGUUCUACGAGACUCACUGACGGGGACGACAGUACGUGCGAGAAUGUCUACUCGGGGUCUCCCACAACAGUCCAAACUGGGAUAGAUUUCAGAUUUACAUGGAUGAGAAUUGUUGGGGAUACCAAAGUUCACCAUGUGUCUGUGGAGUUUAAGAAAGACAGCCAGACAGUCCCGUGCUCCGAUGUCUUGAAAUCAACGGUCAGUGAAAACGUCGUGGACAUCCGAUGUCAGAAUCCCACCCUCACCAUAGACAGAGUGACCCUAUCAGUGUCUGGUCAGACGUCCAUUUGUUCUGUGCACAUCAGUGGCG